AUUUGUAGCCUAUGGUGGAAGGCAUAAAUAAGUUCUGAAUGGAUCAUUUCGAGGAAGAUUUAGUUGAUGCGCUUAAAGACGUUGUAAAGGCAGGAAACUGGCAGUGUGUGGGAGACAAAUCUGAAUUUAAGUCACCUUGCACGAAGUUUUACUCAGAUGACGGAGAGCAUGUAGUGCUGGUGCAUACAGAGGAUGAUCAGUUCUGGGCUAUGGACUCAUCGUGCCCACAUGAAGGUGGCCCACUUGAGCAAGGGGAUAUUGAGGAUCUAGGCAAUGGGAAACUGGCAUUGAUUUGCCCAUGGCAUUACUUCGAUUUCAGCCUUGAAACUGGUUCCUCUUCCUCUGGCCUACAGAAUCAAGUGUAUGAUGUGCGUGUACUGUAUGGAAAAGUUUAUAUAAACACUCAAAACACACUGUCCCUCUGUCCUAUCCCAGUGACAAAGAUAACCCACCAAGACAGUUUGCCCAUGGAAAUAAACUCUGCUGAAAACACCCUUUGCAUGUGGGCCACCAAAAUCCUCCACACCCCAGACCCACAGGAAAAGGUUACACUGACCAAGAUGGUACAAGAGAACUGGAACAGUGGGAAAAUAACAGAAACCGGGGUGGCCAGUCCUCCUGUACAGCCCAGCAGAAAAGAUAAUCUGACUGUCGUGGAGCCUGGAAAAAUCAAACGGGGCAAAGGUGGCACUUUGGCGAGUCGGAUUGCCUUACUGCACUCACUUGCUAAUAUAGAGCAGUGGGCAAUAGACCUGUCCUGGGACGUGAUAGCGAGAUUUUCUACAUUUAGACUGAGCACUGGAGAGCCAUUACCUCGCCAGUUCUUCGAUGACUUUGUCAAAGUUGCGGGAGAUGAAGCAAAGCAUUAUCAGUUACUAGAGCAAAGGAUUACAGAACUUGGCAGCUUCUUUGGUGCUUUGCCAGUCCACAAUGGUUUAUGGCAGUCUGCAACAGAUACAUCUCAUGACGUUUUGUCAAGAUUAGCUAUAGUGCACAUGGUCCAUGAGGCCAGGGGUUUAGAUGUUCAUCCUCAGACGCUGUCUCGCUUCGCCGCGCAGGGAGACCAGAGCUCGGUGAAGGUGUUGGAGGUGAUUUAUGCAGAUGAGAUCACACAUGUGGCUGCUGGGCUGAGAUGGUUUACGUAUAUCUGCUCAAAAGAAGGACGGGACUCCCUGAAAACGUUUCAUGAAUUGGUGAAAUUGCAUUUUAAAGGAUUUCUGAAGCCUCCUUUCAACACAGACGGAAGGAAGACAGCAGGGAUGACAGAAGAGUGGUAUGUUCCUCUUGUCAAGCCCUCCAGCACACAGAAGAAUACUUGAUUGUUUUAUUCAAAUGAAAAGCAGCGUCGUAUCCUAAAAAAUGGACUCUGAUUGUAGAGCAUGUCUGCAUAAUGACACACUCUGAAAGUACAGAAUCACUGAAUGAAUCUGUGAAAGAUGUUUUCCACAGCAACCACUUUUUUACUGUUUUCUUAUUUUUUAUGUUGCAUAUGGGUAAUCAGAGAACUUUCAUGAUGUGCUAUUUAAAUAUGUGAUUUUGGUGUUUCUGACUGAUAGGGGGCGCUGACGGGCUGUUUGCUGUCAGUGUAAAGGGUGCGGUUUACACUGCUCAGAAGUAAUGCUUAGUUUGAUACAUUUUGUAGAGUAUUAUAUCUUAUUUAAAAAAAUUCUUUUAGCUUAUUCCUAAUGUUGAAAAGCACGAACAUUCAAAAACAACUCAUAUGAAAUGAUAUCUGACGUGGUCUGUCUAUACCAAAAAAGUUAAUGGAGGUUUUUAGGAAUUCUGUCACAAAUGGAUAAUAAACACUCAGUUCCAUGAGUGAAGCACAGCGUCUGAAAUCUUUCAAUCUCAAAAAAUACAAAUAAAAUAAAUUCAAUGUUUGUAAAAUA